AUGGAUAUUCUCAAAGUCCUAUCGCGCGGGACCAAAAAGACCACCAAGGUCGGUCUCAGCGGCAACAACGCCAAGUCGAAACUUCCAUCUGCUGGAACAACCACCAACCCUCAACUCUUCCAUGAUGAGGUUCGCGGACAGAAGCGCAAGCGAACUCGCGACGAACCCAAAGCCGAGGCCCAUGACGAGCUGCCGGAAGUCGACUUCUUCGCCCCCAAGGCCGAACCCGCGCCUAAACCUCAGCCCGAGACAGAAGAGACCGACCGAGCUCCCAGUCCUGUACGCGCAUCACAGCUGCUGAGCGAGGAUGAGUGUCGACAGCUGCUACGAUCACACCGGCUAAAAAUUACUCUUCUUUCGAAGACUGAGGAUCAGUCCAAGGUCAAGAAGCCCAAGAAGAAAAAGAAGAAGGCGGCCGUCGAGGUGAAGAAGGAUACCAAGAAGCAGCUCUUCCCACAGCCAUUGGACUCGUUUGGCGAGCUCCGCAACGCCUAUGGUAUCUCUCGCAGGGUUGCCGAGAACCUCGUCUUCCAGGGUUACCGUGUGCCGACCGAAGUUCAGAUGGGCAGUCUGCCUCUUCUUCUACACCCCGAGGUGGCUUUGAAGGGAGAGGAUGGACUGGACGGUGGUGUUGAUUUCCUCGCCAUCGCCCCUACUGGAAGCGGCAAGACCAUCAGCUUCCUUAUCCCAACCAUCAACAACAUCAUGCGCAGGCGAUCAAAGAAGGAUCUACACGAUAUUCAUGAACUCGAGGCAGUCAUUGUUGCGCCAACUCGAGAGCUGGUGCAUCAAAUCGUCAGCGAAGGCCAGAAGCUCGCUCAUGGGACGGGGUUGAAGAUUGUCUCUAUGAAGAAGGGCACUCAACUAUCAGCUGAGCAAGUGAAUAUGUCCGAAGAUAGUUCUGAGGAUGAGGAGGAUGACAAGGAAUCCGAGUCCGAGGAUGAGAAGGAUGCAGACGAAAAGUCAAAGCCAGCCAUCAAAGCCGACGUCCUGGUCACAACGCCUCUUCUUCUACUCAACUUUCUCACAUCCGGUCCCUCAAACACUCACAGAGUCUUACCGACGGUACGAGACUUGGUCCUGGACGAGGCUGAUGUCCUCCUCGACCCUCUGUUCCGAGAAGCUAUGCUGGCUGUUUGGACGGCGUGCACGAGUCCCGACCUGCGACUUUCAUUCUGGUCUGCUACCAUGGGAUCUAACAUCGAGUCUCUGGUUACUGAGAAGUUGACUUCAAGGGCUCAAGCACUGGGUAUUACGCCCAAGCCACUGGUCAGACUGGUUGUGGGAUUGAAGGACACAGCUGUGCCAAACAUCACCCAUAAGCUCAUAUACACGGCGACGGAACAGGGUAAACUACUUGCUCUGCGCCAGCUACUGCACCCCACGUCGAGCAUUGACUCGGGACCUCCCCUUCGGCCUCCGUUCCUUGUCUUCACUCAGACUAUCGACAGAGCCACUGCGUUACACGAAGAGUUGAAAUACGAUAUUCCCCUCGAAGCUGGCGGCGCCGCUAGAAUCGCUGCGCUACACAGUGGCUUGACUGACAAGGCCCGCUCAGCAAUCAUGCGCAAGUUCCGUGGUGGUGAGAUUUGGGUCUUGAUCACCACUGACGUUUUGGCGCGUGGAGUUGACUUUGCCGGUGUGAACGGAGUGGUAAACUACGAUGUGCCCGGAUCGAGCGCCGGUUAUGUCCAUCGUGCUGGACGAACAGGCCGAGCUGGUCGUGAAGGAGGUGUUGCAGUAACUUUUUACACCAAGGAGGAUAUCCCCUUUGUGAAGAUGGUGGCCAACGUGAUUGCGGCAAGCGAGAAGCAAGCUGGCAAGACGGGCGAUGAGGCUGGAGUGCAGAAGUGGUUACUGGACGCCCUGCCCAACGUUGCCAAGGCAGACCGAAAGAAGCUCAAGGAACGGGGAGUGGAAGCUCGACGAAGCGGCAACAAGGCCAAGAUUACGUCCAAGAGUGGCUACGAGAGGCGCAAGGAGCACAACCGCCAAGGCGCUAUUGAAGGGAGCAAGAAGAGGAAGAUGCAGGAAAAGGAAGAAGACAGCGGAGACAGUGAUGGCGAAGGGGGUGGUAUCGACGACUGA